AUGGUAGGCUGUGCUAAGAGCAUGAAGCUGGCCAAGGUAACACUGCUCCCCUGUUCCAACACAGGUGAUGUGAAGGGUGACACCCUGAUAGAUAUUGGCAGUGGCCCCACCAUUUACCAGCUCCUUUCUGCCUUUAACGAGAUCAUCAUUUUGGACUAUACAAACCGGAACUGCCAGGAGCUGGAGAAGUGGCUGAAGAAGGAGCCGGGAGCAUUUGACUGGACUCCAGUGGUGAAAUAUAUGUGCAAGCUGAAGGGACAGAGGGAAAAGUGGGCUGAGAAGGAAGAGAAACUGAGGAAGAAAGUGAAGCAGGUUCUAAAAUGUGAUGUGAGGAAACCCAACUCUCUGGCCCCCCUGACACUGCCUGCGGCCGACUGCCUGCUCUCCAUGCUGUGCUUGGAAGCUGCCUGCAAAGACCUGGGCACCUUUCAUGGUUCCCUGAAGAACAUCAGCUCCCUGCUAAAGCCAGGGGGACACUUGGUAACAGUGACGGUGCUGAAAGAAGCCUACUACAUGGUUGACCAGCGCUGCUUCUCCUGCCUGUACCUGGACCAGGAGUCAGUGGAAGAAGCCAUUAAAGAUGCUGGGUUUGACAUCAAGUUCUUCAAGGAGAUUCAGGAACAUUCCCCAAACACCUUUGCAGACUUUGGAGCCUUGCUCCAUGUGGUUGCAUGCAAGCCGGGCCCUAAACCAGCACAAUGAAGAGCGUUGCUCAGUAUUGACGCCAGCUUGAAUCCUUAUUUGUCUGCUCUGCAUCACACCCAGAAAAUGCUGAUGCACAGCAUAGCAGGUGAGCCACUUUGGCCAAAAAUUACCUCUUGCUUUUCAAUAAAGUGGAGCUGGAAACCUCUGCCAGCUUGAAAGGAUU